AAAUUAAUGCAAUGAUCGGAGCUAAGUAAAUUAAUCAUAACGUAAUAAACAUUGUAUAAAAUAAUUCUUAUAUUAGUUAAGUUAUUUGUUAACAAUUUGUACUCGAAAAACAAAACAAGAAGCAGAUAGGUUCAGUCAUACUCUCGAAACCCAAGCUCGAAACCGCUCGACCAAUCCAAACUCUCAUAAGGUUUGUCCGCAUAUUCUAAAGGCGGCGUGCGGCAUUCUACAGUGCACGGGAACGGGUACCUCGGUUCAGUCGUUUAGUCAGUUUAGUCGGUUUAGUCUCAGUCGUGCCGUGUGCCUUGUACGCCGUGCCGUGUCCUUGUACGCCGUGCCGUGUCCCUGUACGCCGUGGUCACUUCCCUCCACUGCGUCCUCAGCAGGAUGAGUGCCUCUGGGAGCUCGAGCGGUCCGCUGGGGACUACUCCAAGCACCCAGAGCAAACCCCUCUCUGGAGCAGUCCCGAAAAGGACUUUGAGGGCACCAACCCCCACCAAUCGUCUGGGCAAUCCUACCCUGAAGCGUUCGGAAAGCCUCAAGGAGAACCUGGACCACCACCCAAAACGACAGAGGGCUGCUGCUCCCACCUCAGCCGCCACUGCGGCAAAACAAAUCGUGGAUCUCACGAAGCGCCGCCGGCGAUCAAGGUCAACCUGCGACGUCGGCAGAGCACCAUUGACAUCGGCAGCAUCCAGGAACGCCCUCAAGUCCAGUGGUUCCACCUCCACCCUUGGUUCCUUGGCCUCCAAGCACAAAGGGUCUACCAUGUCCGUGGCCCCCUCUGCCCCUAAGAGCAAGGGCUCCGGCAGCUCUGCUGCCCUGGCACCAUCUGCAGCGGGCAAACGCAAGCCGUGGGACCUGCAGGGGAGGGUCAAGGACCUGGAGGAGCUGGUAAGCUCCCUGGCCGGGGACAAGGAGCUGCAGAUCCUCCACAAGGAGAAGGAACAGCAGGUGGAGGUGCUGAUAAAGGACAACUCGGAGCUGCAAGUGCAGCUAGAGCAUGUCAAGAGGCUGACACUGGAGAAUGACUCUCUGAAGGAACAGCUCAG